GUUACGUCUCCUUGCUCUUAUUUCAUGGUUUCUACACUGAAAACCUUCUAUCUCACUUAUAUUAAUUCUUCAAAAUAUAUCUGUUUCAUUUUAAGUUCAGAGUGUAAAGAACAAAUUGUAGACUGUGCCUAUUCCAGUUGGUUGUAUUAUGGAUUGAACAGAAAUUCGUCUCCGAUAGAGGUCUCUAAAAUCUCUUCUUGUCAAAUCUUAAUUGCAUUAUAUUAUUACUUGUUUUUUUCAAUAUGUGUCUUCUUAAAAAUUAUUUUAAGAUUUAUAUGUGCAGAAUAAUUUAAUAUUGAGCGUUUAAUACUUCAAAGUUACUUGAUUAAAUUUUCUAACUUUUUGUUAACGGGCAUUGUUAUGAAUAGUAAUUGAGGUUGUGAUUUCAUCGAUAAACACAAAUAAGAUAUAUGGUUGAACAUAAAUACUUUGUGAUCGAUCGUCGAUCUGGAUGAUCAAAAAUUCAAGAGAGAAGUGACAUAUUAAAGUAUUUAAUCAUGGCAUCGGCAAUCGAAGUUUUGGGAAAACAAGCACUGAAGACGUUCAGCGAUCGCCGGCUUUGUCAAAAAAACUUGGACAAAUUGUUGAGUCUAAUAAAUAAGAUAACAGCCGAUGAUGUAAAACUCGAUAAGAAUAUUCUCGAUUACGUUAGUAGGCAACCGGCACCUAUGUGUGUGAUGGAUAUAUUUGAGAAUAAGGAUAUAACAAUUGCGAUUUUCAUAUUAAAACAUGGAGUCAGGAUGCCUAUGCAUGAUCAUCCUGGAAUGCAUGGUUUGUUAAAGGUGAUCAGUGGUAUGGUAGAAUUAAGCAGCUACAGCUUGAAGACAAAGAGUGAUCAUGUAAUUAAAGCGAAAGAGGAGAUUGCAGCAGUCAGACAUCGACCUGUCUGUCUUGAUAGCAAUUCGGCCGCUUGUACUUUUACACCGACGGAAAAGAACCUUCAUGAAAUCUCGUGCGUGGAAGGUCCUGCAGCUUUCCUCGACAUACUCAGUCCACCAUACGACGUUGAUGAGUUUGGCAAGGGAACAAGACCAUGUACGUUUUUUAAGACAGUUAAAUCUAAGUUGUGUACAGAAUCGAUAGAUAUAAUCGAAGAAGUUCAAUUAUCAGUUGUAGACAAUCUGCCAGACUUUUAUUCUUCUAGUUUAGAGUAUAUGGGACCCCCUUUGAAAAAUUAAUUGUAAUUAAGAUAAUAUUUUUCACUUCUCAAUUUGUGAGUUUUGUUUUUGUAAUGCAUAAUCAUAUAAUAUAUGGAUUUUGACACAUGAUCUUCACCGCUACAUAUAAAUGUAUUCAAGAUUUAAAUUGAUCUUAUGUAUGAUUGGCAGAUACAAUCAAAUUCAUAUUGUGAACGCAUGCAGGAUUGCCACAAAACUGGAAAUCAGGGAAAAAUCAGGGAAUUUUACAAAAUUUUCUGGAAAAUUAAAAUUCUUAGCUUCAAAGAAGUUUAAUAUGCGUAUAUUACACAUUUGUACAGUUUUGUUAGCUAAUGUAAGCUUUCUUUUUAAUGGAGAUUUAAAAUGCUCCACUAAGAACAUUAUAAUUUUCAAUUUGUCUACUUUUUGUUGGAAUUUUAAAUUUAUUUAAAAUUGUUUUUUUUUAACUUGUAAGUUUCUUGUGCCACUUGUGAAGAAAUUAAUAAAAUUAAAAUUGACUUUACAUUUUUGUAAUUCUUCUUUCAAGUUUGUAAAUCUUUGUAUAAUAGCAAGUCGGAGAUUCCAAUAAACAGGAUUUAGUUAUCAAAAAGAAUAUAUUUACAUAUUUCUUGUAUUAUGAGCAGAGUAAAAAAAAUGAACGCAUAUAGAAAAGAAAAAGAUAAAGGAAUACAACUUAAUUGAAUUAAGUGCAAGCAAUGUCAACAGUAAUAGUAAUUUAUAUUGCUAUGUUAAAUUGCUCUCUCAACAAAAUAUUUAACGGUUUCUAAAUAGUUUUUAAAUCAAACGAACAUACAAAAAAGAUUUUUUAAAUAUUUUUGAAAGUCAGGGAAAAUCAUGAAAUUUUGUCUGGAAGUCAGGGAAAAGUCACGGAAUUUUAGAAUUAAGAAUUUGUGGCAACCCUGGCAUUAUCAUAUAAACUUAGCUCCAAUUAGUUCCUUUUAGGUCCAUUCUACAAUCAAUCGUAUAUCAUUGUUGGAUGUUGAGUGCAUAUUUAUAGACAUAAUAUAUAUAUAUACAUAUAGCGAAUUUGGAUAUUUAUACUAUUCUGUGCACUGGUGUAUAUUAAAAGAUUACUAUAUAUUUAUCGAGAAAAAUUAUGCGCAAACAUUUUUAUCAAUAAAAUAUCUAAUGUUGAUAUUAUCAUAAUAAACAUUGUAUAUUGGCCCGUAUUUUGGAAUAAAAUAGAAAUUAGCGAAAUAAAGGUGCAAUAAACGAGCAACAGAGAAAGAGCAAAGAUACUGAAAUAUAAUUUGAUCCGUUGAAAACAAUCGCUAUUAUCGAUUGUGGUCGAUCAUUGAUAUUGUUAAAAGACGAAAAAGAGGGGGAUCUCAUCAGUUGCUGACGGAACGUUGACUGAAAAGGAUCACAUGAUUGUCGACUCAUCAGUAAUCGAAUCUAUCAAGGAUUGUCAAGAGAAUAGCGAUGGCUUCGGACAACGAUUUUGAAUUUGAGCCGCCAUGACUCAAACCGGAAAGGGAAAGGUUCUUUAAAUAGGACUAAUGAAAUAAUUAUAAUUUGAAAAUUUGUAGUUGCGACUGAAGAAGACUUACAAGAAGUUGAAACGCUUUGGUAUACUGAAUUAUACAUACAAUUGUGUUGCUAUAUCUUUGUUUGCUCGAUUGUUGGCCUUUUUCGCUAAUUUCUAUUUCAUUAUCAUAAUGUUGAUAUUUUUUAGCGAAAUGCAUACUGGAUAUUUUAUCGGUCAAUGCAUUUAUAUUUUGUACUUAGAUAUUUUCAUGCAUAGUAAUCUUUUUUUUUAGAAAACUGGUUAGAGAAUGCAUAUCUGCCGAAUUCGCUAAAUAAGUAGAUCGAGCGAUUUUUUGCCGAUAAUGCUUUAGUGGGAAAGCUAAAGUAAAUAAAGAAAGAAAAUAUAACUGUAUCUUUCUUUCUUUCAUUCAUACCUACAUAAUGACAUCAUGGAUAAUUAUGCUUAUAUAUGAGAUGUUACUAAAGAUUUUUUUGUUUAAAAAGAGAUUGCGAACGGUCGUUUUUCUUUUUACAUGUUAUUCAGGUCUUGCGUUUUAUGCUCGAUCUAUCUGUAUUAUGUCUAUCUCAGAGAAUAUUACGAUAUAUCUUUACAUUUUGAAAAUAUUUUUUUGAACGAAAGAUGUCAUUACGAUGCUUUUGAAAUGUCUUACGUUCCAAUUUAUAUCUUUGAGAUAUUGUUGUAAAAUGUAAAAUAUCUUUAUAAAGUGUUUUUAUAACACCUUA